AUGGCUUCUCGAAAAAGGCCUUCCACAAACGACAGGAAAACAGUACCCAAAAAAACAAAAAGAUCUGACCCAAGCCCUCAACAAAGACAAAGAUCUAUAAAAGAAUAUUUCUCUCCGGAGAAGAAAGAGGACGGUGGAGAUUUAAAAAACAAUCUCUCCAGCGACGUUGUGAGGACGUCGUUGAGUCUCAACCCUAGAGAAGCAAGCGCUAACAGUUCUGUGAACAGUUCAUUAAUUUCUACUCCUCUUUCGUCACAGUCAGGGAGUGAUCAAGCAGCUACUUCCAGCUUAUCAACAAAUGGUAGUUGCAAUACCAGCUAUCGCAGACGCCAGCGUGCUCGACUGUCAAAAGAAAACAGGUAAUUUUGUUGCUUGUCGACGUGAUAACGACGGACAAGCGAGAACGCCACAAACAACAGUUGGCUUUUUUUAAGCAAAACAACAAUUGCACGUGCAUUUCUGACACUUUUUUGUACAUUUCUUUGCGGUCACUUCCCGACUACGACGUGAAAAUGCCUGCAUAAGUUCACUUUUUUUGGAGGACGCGUAAACAUGAAUAAGUUCAGCCAACGACGAUUUUUCUUCUUUCUGUACUUGGAUGCGGCCCGUUUCAAACGUUUUGCUACUGCCGUACCGAACUCAGUUGAUUGAAUUAAAUUCGACUUUAGCACGGGAGUAGCGCGACGUUUGAAACCAAGUCGUGCUACUUCCGUGUAGCACGGCAAGCCUUGCCGUGCUACACGGCAGUAGCUCGACUUGGUUUCAAACGUCGUGCUACGGCCGUGCCGAACUCAAUUCAUAAAUUAUAAAUACAUUAGAAUACAUUUUAAAGUUUGCUAAACCGUUUCUUUAUUUUUGUGUUUCGUUUUCAGCAACAGCUGUUCCAUUCGACUGAAUUAAAUUCGACGUCUGAAACCAAGUCGUGCUAGUGUCGUGCUGCAGUCGAGCUACAGUCGAGCCAGCUUAGCACGGCAGUAGCACAACGUUUGAAACAGGCCUAAGGCUCUUAGAAAUUCAGCUCCAGCGCAUUUUACAAAGUUAUUAAUAAUGAGUUGGAAUAAUCGCAAAGAAGGUUGAGAAAACGCCAAUCCACUUUGUAAGCAACGUUUUCGCUACCGUCGCCGUCAUCGCAUCUUAGAGACCUUAUAGCCAAAUUCGUUGUAUCGUGCUGCGCGUUUUGCAAACUUCAAAGGAAUUUUGGGUUUAUCUGUUCCAUCAAUAAUCGACUGAGGGGACCUCUUAGGAAACACAUGUUUACUUGCACAAGUUCAAAAGGUCAUGGUUUGUGAUUCGUGAUUGGUGGAUUUCGAUCCAUUUUGUUUGUUUCGUGUUUCAAGGCUUGUUGCUUUGUGACCAUCCCGUUUCGGGCAAUAAUCGCAGAUUUUUCUGAUCUUUCUUAUUCUUGUCACUAGCAAAAAUAAAGCAACGUCUGACUCCUUCCUUUGACAAAAAAUCCACUCAGCAUGAAUUGUGAUUUGCUUCGUUAUUCUUGAACAGUCUAAAGUCAUUCUCAGCCAAGCUGGGUGAGGAAGUGACAUUGUGAUUUGCUUUAACCCUGCCUUCACUAAAAUGAUUGACAGAACAGAAAAACCCAAAAUCCCUACGAAGUUUGCAAUACGCGCAGCGCGAUACAACGAAUUUCGCUGUAAGGUCCGUCGUGUCUAGAAAAUGAAAACCCAGAAAGUGAUGACCUUGAAAACUGCCGGCCCAGGUAACCACCUAGAAAACGACACAGUCUGCUGGACAAGUGGUCUAUAUAGCCUUGAUUUCAGAUAAAUGGAAAUCGACCUAAUUUCUUUAUACAAAGCCCCAGCUUUCCUUGCUGUGCAAGGCUGUUGUAAACCGAAUCUCCCUCAUUCAUUUCGCCCACCUCCAGGAUAAAGCAGUCUUUCAUAUCCCCUUCUAAGUCCCCACACAAAGUUGUAUUUGCCCAGUGCCCCGCUCCCCCUCUAGGGGAUGACCAAUGAUAGGUGCGUUGUGGUCAAGUCCCCCAAAAACAUGUCAUGCAAAAUUAUGUUGCCAAAAUUUCAUCAAUUUUAUUUCACAUUUAUCAUGCUUGUUUUGUCCCACUCUUAAUUAAAAUGUAGGAGGCAUUUUGGGUGACAAAUUGAUUUAUGUUGAUAAGCCUCAAACAUUUCGCUUGAAAUUGUGUAUUAAUAUUUUAAAAACAAUUGUUUAGUUCUGUGCCCAGAGGUCAUGGGAAACCAUCUACAACAAUUUUUGGGUCACAUGAAAAUUCAUGGGAACCCACCUCCUAAAUGUUUUCAGUUUUCAGAGUCAUGUUAUAUUUUUUCUUGGCACUGGAAGCCUAUAACCAGUAGCGUGCAAUGCACAUUGGGAGUGAUUCAAGAUGGUGGAGACUAGAAAAUUUGUAGACGCUAAACAAUGUUUUAGUUUGGUAUAUGAGGGGAGUUAUGACCAAAAAAUUGCCCUGCAUAGUUAUAAUUAAGAAUCUGCGUGGAAAUUGUUGCAUUGUCUACCUGUGUUAUUUUGACCAGGUUGUAAUUCUGAGCCAUAGAAUGAUGUACAUUUACUUGCAUGUAACUUUGCACUCUUUAGAUCACCAACAGACAAACUUAAACAAACUGAAGAGCAAUUGACUAUCAUCAAUCAUGAUGAAGAUAAUGGAGGAGUGGUCAAAAUCAUGGCUUUUGCUGGUAACUUUAAAAAGUUUGUAUUUUGUGUGUGUGUGUUUGUGUGUGUGUAUAGGAAAUUGAACAUAAUAUCAUAACAAUUUGCAGCUUCCUUUGAGUAAAAUUCAUCCAUCAUUUUCACCGACUCAAGCUUUACCAGCCAGAAUAACUUAAAUAAUCAUUAAGAAAGGUGAUUGUGGUCAUCUCCACAGUGGCUGUCUCAUAUGGAAUUUUCACACACUUGUGUGGAUCUCCAAUUUCACUAUCCAAUUCAACUCUUUAUGAUAUAUAUGGAUACUGAUGCAGCUGCAAUUAAACAAUUAUUGUGUUUAAUAUUAGUAUUAUUAUUCUUUUGCGCACAUCAGUCAGGAACCUUUUUACUUGUCAGAGAAAAGAUUCUUUUUGAUUUCUGGAAGCAUAUCGCGUGCUUAUAAAUUUAUUGGCAAAAUUUUUGGUGGGUCAGCCAGAACUGUCAUCAAUCAAAAUUGAUUGACGGUGAAUCAUUUUUCAGCCAAUGGUAGUUACUUCAUCUGGGGAAAGCAGAGAUGAAAAUCCUUCAGUGAUCGUUGCAAGCUCUCCUUUUCCUCUGUCCCUUGUGGCUUUGCCUCUUGCUUACACAUUCUCUUGUGCAAAAUGGGGAGUCUACUUGCAGGCAUAAUUCACAGGAUCUAUGUCUGGGAUGCUUAAUGGGAAAGUUACGAGUGUUUUUACAGAUGUUUUUAUUGCCUUGUAAUAUAUUAUUGAUUGAUAAGCAAAUUUGUCUAUCAGUCAUUGAAUACGUCUGUUUAUUCAUCCAUAUUCUUUACUUUAGAUUUUUUUCUCUCUGAUUUUGAGGAUUUGUUUUUGGAGGUGAUUUUUCACAAGUAUAAAUGGUUUUGUUGAGUCACUUGAAAAACUAAAUGAGUUGAUUUUAAAAUGAUACCCCCACUAUAAGUGUAGGAAUGUUGGCCAUCAGAAAUUGUCUGAUUUAAAUUUGCUCCUGUCCGACGAAUCGUAACCAUUAUCAGGCAAUCAUUCUGCAGUUGAAUAAAAGAAAACAACAUUGGUGUAGAGUGAACAUACAGUAUGGUAGUUAUCUACAAAUCUGGCAUCUACGUACCAUGUAUGAUUUUUGUUAAAGUACCCAUCACCGAAAAUUUUUUAUUUUCUGAUCGGAAACUAUACCUUAUUAAAAUAACUUCUGCGAAAAAAUUUUGCAGUUUGAACAAAACGCGAUUUUUUUCCAAUUUUUGAAGUCUACAUUUUUGCGGUACACCCGCGACGCUGGUCACGCAAACUACCAGGCUCACAUAUGACGUCAUGUGACGUAAAUUAAGGAACUCGCCUUCAUCAGCUGUACACAAGAAAGAUCAAUUACAAGUAAGGAUUGAAUCAUAAUGUCUUCGUAAGAAGAAAGUUUUUCUGAAACAGAAAAACCUACCAGAAAUCUUAAUGUUUUCCUGUCGAUAAAGUCACGUGUUCCUUAAAGUACGUCAUAUAAUGUCAUACUCCGAGAGAAGACUAAGACGAAUGGUGUGCCAAAAUGGCGGAAAAUUUGAAUGCUUUUAAAAAUUCUAAAAAAAUCGUUUUUGGUUCAAAUCGCAAAAUUUUUUGGCAGAAGUUAUUUUAUUAAGGUGUAGUUUCAGAUAAGAAAAUAUAAAAUUUUAGGUUAUGGGCACUUUAAAAAAGCACAAUGUGGCCUUGAUUAAGUCCAAUCUCAUUCUCCUCCAACAAAAAAUGUUGACUCGGCUGGACGUAAUUUAUGUCCUUUCAACAAAGAAAGAGUAUUUACAGCUCUGCUCUCAACUAGAAAAAGAAGCUGUUCUAAUUAAGUGUAUUUAAUUUGAAGAAUCUGCUAAUUUUAGCUUUUACUUUUACCAAGUUAUUUCUCUUUUAUGAGGAAUUCUAAGAAAUAAGCAUAGUAUAAAUUGUGCCUCAUAAAGUGUCUUUGCCAGAAAGAGUUCAAUUUCAUAAUUUUUUAUUAUUAUUAUUUUUGGGUGAUUUUUACAGGAACUGGCAAAACAACAACACUAGUUUUAUAUACAAAGGAAAAGCCAGACAAGCAUUUCCUUUAUGUGGCUUACAACAAGUAAGUACUAAUAAAUUAGAUUUUGCACUUUUCACACAAUAGGCUGUUGAGAAGUGGUAUUUGACUAUAAUUUGCAGUGCUGUUGCAGCACAAAAAGAUCCUGCUGACACAAAAUUAUGGAGCAGCAAGGCAUAAUAUGCCAUCUUUGAUACACUAGCUUUGGACAAAAUUUCAUCUGAAGUGGCCAAACAAGGCACCAAGUGUGAAAACUAAGAAGAGAUGGUGCUGGUGAUUUGCCUACAGUCUGUACGUGUGAUACAUAUAUAUGUUGUAUUUUUAUAUUCCUGGUAUAGAUGAAAAUAAACAUGAUGCAAAACAAGAUUGCUCACACUUUGCUCAGUCACAUUGUCACUCAGCAAUAUCAAUUUGCAUUCUUUGUUGUGGUGAAUGUGCAUAGCACACUGCCAAGAUGCAGGGUUUUCAAUAAGAACUCAGUUAGCUGGCAAAAUUUGCCUGCUAUAUUUAACGUGAACUCGCUGCCUACUUUUCUCGGAAAUUACCUCAGUUUAAGUCGUGUAUUCAUGUGCUUCACUGAAUUAAAAAAAAAAAAAUUAAUGAUGUCUGUGUUUUGUUCAAACACUCUAAUAAUUUGUGCUCCAGAGGCCAAGAUUUCAAAAUUUUUCCAGAAACUUCAUGCCUUUGGUGCUUGCAAGUUGCACCUUAUAUAGUGAAUUUGAGAAGAAAAUGGUGAUGAAUGUGAUUAUCUUUGUUUUGAUCAUUAUUUUGUGUGUGCAGGUAUACUAUCACAGGAUACCGGUACUUAUUACUAGGGGUGUGUUCCUUUGAGUGAAAUAAAAAACGCUUCCGUCUUUCUCCUGGGAAUGUGAAUAAACAAAACUACCGGUAUUUAUUGGUAGGGGUCAUUUAGAUGUCAUUUGCCAUUUUGGAUUGUUAAUUUCCCCAACAAUAAUUUCUAUCAUUUAGGCCCUAAAUUCUUGAUACACUUACUAUAGCUGACAACCCCUGCAUCUAGGAAAAAAAAUAUUAUUAUUAUUUUAUCGCGAUGGGAUCUGCCAGCAUCAAUAAAACUGGGAAGUUUAUAGUUUUAGAACUUUAAGUAGUGGUCACCCAUUUGGAAACUUUUUGAAACAGUACUUGACUUGGAAAUAAAACGGUUAUUUUCAAAUUGAUCUCUUAAUGACAGCUGGUCACCAGAGAAGGGAUCGCUAUGGAGUUGACUGUAUUUACGUGGCAAGAGUAUUACCUAAAAAGGAAACAGUGUCUGUUCAGGGUGCAAAGAAAGUCAGGUUUACAGCCUGACACUACCCAAGCUGUACCUAGUAUGUACGUACUAGCCCACAAGUCAUUUCAACUAGCCCCAAAACGCUGUUUGAUUAGAAGGAUUGAUUACAAUCCUUCUGUAAUUUGAAUUUCCCAAAAAACAACACUUGCCCGUCGGGCAAGCUAAGAACCAAAAUCACUAACCUGAUAGCAAAAUGCACUAUAUAAUAAAUUAUAAAUAAAUAAAUAAAUGUCUUUAUUGUGCAUUAGAUAAAAAUACAUAUCCAAUGUUACAGGAUAAAAAGAUUAAAAGUUCAGCUAAAUUACAAACUAGUUACACUUGUCUGACAUUAAAUAUCAUAAAAGAUUGUGUUUAAAAAUGAAUCUAUUUACAAAUGUGUUCUUAUAACAUUCGGUGUUUAUCUUGGGCCUUUGGAAGCUUUUGCGUCUAAGAUUGUAGGUUAGAUUGUUCUUUUCUUGCGGUAAGCACACCUUCAGAGGGUGGUUAUCAUGCUGUUUAGCUUUUUGAAAAAUUGCUUUAUCUUGUUUUUUGUAGUAAUGAUCUAAUAUUUAACUGUGUAGAUAUAAAGCGUAACUUAUAGCAUGAUCAGUCUAAAAAUUGCUGAAGCAUAAUUUCUGCAACAGAGGCACCAUAAACAGAUAGUCCGGAGGUUAUAUUAGGGAGAACAAUACUAUAGAAGAGAUAAUCAAUUUCUGUCUGGCUUUAGCGCUCUUUUCUACAUACUCACACUACUACUACUACACUACUACACUCUCUCUAUAUAUAGCCCCGGGCUAUCGGACACAACUUUCUUUGCACGUUGCUGUUGUACUUUCCCUAAAUGUAGAGACCGGUUAAGCAAAGGAAUCUAGCUGGCAACAUUCAUGGGACCACUACAUAAAUUUCGUAAACAAAUGCGACCACAUUUUUAUGCAGAAAUUUGACAUAUUAAUCAAAAACCAUACAAUCUGUAGGUAAAAAGGUGAAUUAAUUGAAAUGUUGAUGCAAAAUGUUACUUACAAAGUUUCAGCAGUUCUAGGCACGAUGUGAAACAUUAUCGCCAGUUGUCUUUUUGCCUGAAUGUUAGCUUGUAAGGAAAUAAUGUCAUUGGUUACAUCAAUCAGUUCAGUUUGAGCUUAUGUUCUUGAUAUUUUUUCCCUUAGAGGACCACCUCCUGUAAGCAAUCGCUUUGUCAUGCACUGGUCAAGGGUGGUCACUUACGAGGGAGUUGACUGUAUUUUAUUUCCUGUUUUUCAGGGCUGCACAAGAAAAUGCAGAAAGACUUUUUCCAGACAAUGUUGAGUGUAAGACUCUCCAUUCCCUAGCCUAUGAAAAAGUAGGCUCACGGUUAGUACAUAAGGGUUUAACUUUUCUUGUCUUUCUCUGCUUGCCUUAUGUGUUUGCUUUUGUGAGUUAUGUCUGUCAGUGUACCCUGACUCCAUUUUAUAUAAAAUAUCUUAGUCUCUGAGACACAGUACUAGGAAAAUUAUUUGUUUAGGGCGGCCAUAAUGUUAACUGUGAAGCUACAAACCAAACCGUUGUAAAUCAGGGAUGGUAACAUGAUUGAGUGCUUCAGCGAAGUGUUGAUUGUUUGCUUUUGCUCUGCCGAUUCUUAGGCGAAUGGCACUUCGGAGUUAGAAACGGGGCUCAACUUGUGUAGAAACAAGCUCUAGUUGUUGCCCUUAAACUCAUGACUGGAUCGGACUCAAGGAGGUCUCAGUUGUAGACUCUACCUAACAUUAAUUAACUGGGCUGCCUCCUCAAGGAGGUACGCCCACUUUACAAAAUGGGUCGAUUCUGAAUUCUCCGUCAAAAAAUGAACACAAUAAUUAAUCCACUAACCUAGAGGGUUAUCUUAUUAACCCGUAACCCAGACGGUGUUGCCUGAUCCAUAAAGCAUGUUGGUCCACCUUGGCUGAGUCUGUGGAAAGAUUGAUUGUUUUCUGUUUAGUACAAUAGGGUUUAGUGACUGAGCAUUUUUGAGGUUACAGUUGCUCUCAACGUGGCUAGUGUGCUAUUGACCGUUUGAUCUAUUUAUUUGUUGUUUAAGUACUUGAUGGAAAAAACCUGUCAGUAAUCUUUAAACUUUCCGCGGUCGAAAAUUGUAAACGAACUUAUUCCCUUUCUAUUAGACUGAAGAAAGAUAACCAUUUGAAAUAAAUGCUUAACCCUAAUCACUAAAAUGAAUGCUUACUAAAACGCGAGUUUAUUUUCAAGACACCGUAUUUUACAAGGAGAGGUACAAAUAAAUGAGCACGAGUUAAGUCGGUGUUAAAAAUUUCUAACUAGUUUGAAAAAUUCAAACCAGUUUGAAAAAUUUAAACUGGUUUUAAAACAAUUCAAAACAAAGAUUAAAUUUGAACCACAACAAAGACACGUCCUAUUAUGAAACAAUGCAUGAAAAACAUACUUUCAUGCUUGCUUACUCAGCAUUUUAAGUCAUAUUUAAUUCCGGACUGUAACAAUGGCUAUUUAUCAACUUAGAACUAACAGGUCACGUUUAGGUGAACUAAGUGUCACACUUAUUUUUCAACUUUACUACCAACACUCUUUUCAUGGCUUGUUAGCACUGGGUUUUUUUUUGUUUCAUUAUAUUCAGCUGGGAUCGAUCAUAAAAGGCCUAAAAGAUUAUUUCACCCUAAAUACUCAAAUGUUUUUUUUCCAUUUCUAAACAGCCUCAAUUUUGAUCUCUGAAUGAAGUAGCAUAUAAAAUGUGACUUGAUUUUUUGAAUUAAUUUACAGAGUGACUUUCCUAUUUGGCAUUUUAUUUGGCUUCAUUACAGGUACAUGUAUGUACGGCCAACUCUCACCUUGCCAACACCACGAUAAUACGGACAGCAGUUAAAUUCUAGGCAAAAAAAUUUGCAGAAGUUUGACUGAUAUAUACUCCCGCUAUUACGGACUCUCUGCAAAGGGAAUUGACUGUCCUUGUAUUUUUUCAUUUCAUUACUUGACACUUUCUUGGAAAUCUAUAAUUACAGUUGACUGCCGAUAACUCGAACCCUCGUUAACUUGAACCUGGCGCUAACUCGAACCAAAAUCGCUUUUCCCUGGAUUUCCAUCAUACAUUUACUGUAAUUUUACCCAUGGUAACUCGAACCCUCGAUAACUCGAACCUCCCACUAACUCAAAGUAAUUUUUGUUUCCCCUCAGAUCAUUUCUAUAUAAUUUUACCCUCAACAACUCGAACCAUGUUUUGAGCCCUUAAUUAGUCUGGAAAAAAACAGUGUACUGGCGUCCGAAACAUUGUAUUUUGAAGUCCCAUUGGGCCAUCCCCAUAAAAUGUUUCGUUUCCCAUCGUCCGACCGACCCAUUUUUUUGCAAAAAAAAAUUCCAGAAUCACUUGUAAAGAAGCAAGUACUUUAAUUUACAAGCAUACGAUCUUGUCUUAUUAACACCAAUUGUCUUAAAUUAUCAUCGAUACUUCGUUUUUGUAGCCUUUUGUACCAUCUGAUUAUAUCUUGCAGACUAAACGUGAGAUUUAAUAUGCAAUCAUGUGUUGAUUCUUUUUUCUUUUUUUUUUUUUGCCGGACCGACCGGCCCACCUUCACGAGAGGGAGGGCGCUGGGAAACGAAACAUUUUAUGGGGAUGGCCUUGACGUGUUGUAGUUUACAAGUGGAGCUGAUGUUGUUUGUCACAAAUCUAACGUGAAACAGCUUUACUUCUCAAAACAGUAAAACACAUGUUCUAUUUAGGCUAGGUUUUGUUGGGUUACGUUUUUUCUAAUUUAUAAUCUAGAAGUGUCUUUCAAUUUUCACUUAACAUUUCUACAAUAAAAUGUGAGUAAAAUGUUCAUUGUAAAGUAAAAAACGUUUUUUACCUUACUUCCGGCUAUUUUCUUCGAGCUCGUGCCCCGAUAAUUCGAACUCCCGAUAACUCAAACUUUUUUCGAUUUCCCUCGAAGGUUCGAGUCGACUGUAUGUUUAUAACCCUGACCAUGGAGAUGACCAGCAAGUAUUAAUGCCCAGUUCUAUGAAAGAAGUUAAAAAAAGGAUAACAAAACUAAUGAUGAUGAUAAUAAUAAUAAUUAUUAUUUGGGCGUGGCCCAAAUAGAGUAAUGGAAACGGCUUGUUUUG